GGUGUGGUAGCCACAAACAGGCAGACACUUAUUCAGCGUUUUAUUGAGUCUUGUAUUAUAGAUUAGAGAUGUCUCAGAGUGUUCCUAAUGAUGCAAAUCACAUUGAUAAACUGGAUAGAGGAGAGCUUGUUGAGAUGGAGGUGGAUAUCUAUGAGAGUGCAGAUGCUAUUAACGACCAACAUAAAGGUGCAGGACACCAACACAACGAGCAACCUACAAAAUCAGCACACGGAGAGAUGUCUGAGACUCCGUAUGAAGACGUGGCCAGCACAAAGGACCUGAACAGAAGCAGUCGAGUGGAAGUGGCAGUGGAUAUCUAUGAGAGUGCUGAUGCUGCAAGAAGCUUUGAGUCCAGCACAAAGAGGAAACUACAAACUCCCCACACAGGAGGCACAGAAGAGCGCAGAUGCUCCAGACUGACUGCAGUGUGUUUGGUGCUGCUGUGUGUUCUCCUGCUGGCUGCCAUCACAGUGCUGUGGUUCAAGUUCAUCAACCUGACUGCAGAGAGAGACCAGCUACAGACCAGCUACACCGACCUGACUAUACAGAGAGACCAGUUACAGAACAAUUACACCAACUUGACGAAAGAGAGAGACCAGAUACAGACCAGUUACACCAACCUGACUAUGGAGAGAGACCAGUUACUGACCAGUUACAACAACCUGACUAUAGAGAGAGACCAGUUACAGACCAGUUACAACAACCUGACUAUGGAGAGAGACCAGUUACAGAAGGAGAGAGAUAAAUGGCAACAGAGGCUUUUAGAACCGAAGUGGAAGUAUUUCAGCGACAGUAUCUACUGCAUCACUACUGUGACGAAGAGCUGGAGUGAAAGCAGGAAGGACUGCACCAGUAAAGGAGCAGACCUGCUGCUCAUAAACAGCAGAGAAGAACAGGAGUUCAUCAGUAAAGUAUUUGGCAGCUCUGAAGCUUGGAUUGGUCUGACGGACGCGGAGAAAGAAGGGGACUGGAAAUGGGUGAACGGCUCAGCACUGACGCAGUCGUUCUGGUGGACAGGGGAACCCAAUGAUUAUGGAAAUGAGGACUGUGCUAUAACUGGCUAUAAAGGUGCUGGAUCUGAACGUUUAUCAACCUGGGCUGAUUAUCCCUGUGAUCAUCCUGUAGUUGGACUCUGUGAGAAAAGUUUAACUGAAUUUUAGUGAACAUGACCAGUAGAAAUUGAAAAAAAAAACUUGUUUGUGCUUCAAAUGCUUUCAGUUCUUAAAGCUCUGUAAAUGUCACAGGCAUUUUAAACAUUGCUUAUUGCCCAUUGACUCAGUGUUUUUGAUGGCUGACAUGGCAUAAGCAAGGGUGCUCAAGAUGAGACGUAGAAUGUGGCGUUUUUAGAGGAUAAACUUGUGCUGAAGCCUAUUUUAGCAACAAUACUGAUGUAAAAGUGAAUGUUAAUGUCAAAAGUUUCAUUAAAUAAAA